GUGCGGUCUCCUCGAGGAGUAACUUGCUUAUAUACCAUACCCAUUUACCUGUUUCCAACACCUAGGGAGAUUCCGAAAGUCCCUUCAUUUAAGACACGAAAAUCCGGCAUAACCUCCGGCGCGCUUCAGGUUGUGGUGAAUCAGGUAGAAUAUGGCGAACCAAUGCCGCUAAGCAACUUGACAGAGCUGAACCAUAGUGUUGACCAGGAAGCUAAAGAAUGCAGCAUAAAGAUGUCGUACCAGUUUAAAAGAUAUCAUGCUUGAGACCUAGAGGAAUAAUGGUUCCAAUUCGAGCAGCUCUGCAGACAACUAGUUUGAUUAAAACUUUUCUAACUCCAUCGACAUCACGGGCUUUAAGUUAUAUAAUAAAGUCCCCCUCUCUUUUAUCACUCGACCUUGCAGAUUCAUGGUCUUCUGCUUCCCAGCAAUCUGAACAUUCAUCUAUCGGGGAAUGUCAAAAGGACUCGACUGCCACAAUAAUUGAUGGGAAAUCAAUUGCUGAGAAAAUAAGGUCUAGCAUAGCUUCUGAAGUAAGGCGAAUGAAGGAAUUAAUAGGGCGAGUUCCCGGUUUGGCUGUCAUAUUAGUGGGUCACCGAAGAGAUUCACUGAUAUAUGUGCACAACAAAAUUAUUGCUAGUGAAGAAGUCGGUAUCAAGUACAAGAUGGUAUCGCUUCCAGAAAAUUGUUCUGAACGGGAAGUUUGUAAUGCUUUGUGUAGCUUUAACGAGGAUCCAUCAAUUCAUGGCAUUCUUGUCCAGCUUCCCUUGCCACAUCAUAUGAACGAGGCUAACAUACUUAGUGGCAUAAGCUUAGAUAAAGAUGUCGAUGGUUUCCAUCCUCUCAACAUUGGGAAUUUGGCCAUGCAAGGAAUGGAGCCAUUGUUCAUUCCUUGUACCCCAAAGGGUUGUAUUGAGUUGCUCCUGCAGUCUGGUAUUGAGAUUAUGGGGAAGAAUGCUGUGGUGAUUGGUAGGAGCAACAUUGUUGGAUUGCCUACAUCCUUGCUCCUUCAGGCAAAUAUCAAUUGGCAAUUGCUUACAAUUCUUGGGCAGAGGCACCAUGCCACAGUGACUGUUGUUCAUGCAUAUUCAAAGAACUUGGAAAAAAUUACCCGUGAAGCUGAUAUUUUAGUUACAGCUGCUGGCGUGCCAAAUUUGGUUCGUGGUAGUUGGUUAAAGCCUGAUGCUGUUGUCGUUGAUGUUGGAACUAACCCUGUUGAGAAUGAGAAAAGCGAGCAUGGUUACCGGCUGGUUGGAGACGUUUGUUUUAAGGAAGCAAUUACAAAAGCCUGUGCAAUUACUCCUGUGCCUGGAGGAGUUGGGCCUAUGACUGUUGCUAUGCUGCUUUAUAACACUCUUGAGUCGGCAAAACGGGCAUUCAAGUUUACCUAAUAUAUAGAUUGAAGAUUGGUAAUGAUCAAUGGUUCAUAAACAGAGACCUAAAGGCUGAUGAGAUGAUCCUAAUUCCUAACUAAAUUUUUUUUGGCACAUAUAUGUGAUCUUGUUCAGCUGUUAUAUGGUCUCCGUGAAACACUCAUCAACAAUGAGGAAGAUUAGUUAAUUGUCAAUCCGCUGAGUUAUACUUAUGAUACGGCUGCAUUUGGAAAAUAGCGUUUGAACUAAAAAUGAGCUUUUUGAAUAUUUGGCUUGUUUGACUACUUCAAUCAGCUGAAAAUGUUGUUUGGUAAGUUACCAUUUUCAUUCAGCUUUUUGCUCCUAAACCGCCAAAUACAAAACGCUAGUCUUAGGAGCGUUUGUAAUUAGUUUUUUGCAUUUUUGCAUAACGUUCAUGCUUUCUUCUUCUUUCUUUUCGAUAGCUAGCCCCCCUCUCUCUCUCUUGCUUUCUUCUUCCUUGCUCUUUCUUGCACUCUGUUUUUUUUCUUCCUUGUCCUCUCUCGCCCUCUCCAUGUUCACACCCUUUCGCAGUCGCCUGGCCCCUC